AUGCUCAUCGUACAUAGCGCAGCUUGUCUGCGACCAGUAUCGCGAGCGUCCAUCUCUCUGAUCGCGGGUCACGAGGCAAAUGUGCGUCGGCUAGCUUCGGAGCCUAGGCACUUCGGCUCCUCACCACCCGCUUUCGACAAGGCAACCAAGGCCACACCUACUGGGUUUCGGGUGUACCGAUACGUGGUGGACGUGCAUGGCCAGCUGUUCCUGCACGACACAGUGCCCAAGAAUCUGACGAGCUGCUUCAAGAACACCGACUUUCUUGACUUCUUCUUCAAGCGCGUGCGCCCGAACCCGGCAUCCCGCACGGCGUCCGCCGACAACUCGACAAUUUCGCGACACGAUAUCCUUCAUCCGCCCGCCUCAACUCUAGCAUUGGAAUGGAGCGAUGAGGCGCCGUUCAACGGCGACAUGACGACAGAGCAGGCUGCGAGCGACCUGUACUCGGAAGCAUGCCGGCUCGGCGACAGCGAAGGUUACGAAUGGAUCUCGCCAUGCGGACCGGAGCUGAACCUCAUUCGGAGCCAGGAUGCGCCGAUUGUGUUUCGGGAGCUCAGCGACGACGGGAUGCUGCGCUGGGCAGGUACGCUGCAGGAGACGUUUGAACCCGAUAAGCUCGUUGUGGAUCCGAACAACGGGUACGUCUAUCACCCAUCUCCUCAACCCACGCGACGCAGAUGGCAAACGCGCGACGAUUCAACAGAGGUGCAGAGGUACGGGGCCCUGAGCUUGCUUGGGUCGAAUCUGGUGUUGAGCCGGCUGGCCGAGGGGCUGGACAUCGAUCCCGAUGCAUUUGAACACGGCGUGGGAGGAAGCAUCGAGUGGAAGGGUCGUCGGUACAAGCUCGGUCUGCUGGGCAAGGGCUAG